AUGUCGUCACCAACAACGCUCGUCCCGCCCAAGGGCGUCUUUGUCCCCUCGCCCACCUUCUUCCACCCCGCCGCCUCGGACUCGAAAGCGCUCCAAGCAGCCGUCGAUACGGAAUCGCAAAUCAACCACAGUAUCUUCCUCGCCAAGGCCGGCAUCACGGGAAUCACACUGCUCGGCUCGACGGGCGAGGCGGUGCACCUGACGCGCACCGAGCGCCGCGACCUCGUCUCGGCCGUGCGCAAGGGCCUCACCGACGCCGGCUUCCCCGACUACCCGCUCAUGGCGGGCGUGCUGACCAACGGCGAGCUGGAGGAGACACUCCAGUGGCUCGAGGACUACGCCGAGGCCGGCGCCCAGUGGGGGCUGGUGCUCACGCCGGGGUACUUCGGCCCGGCCGUCGGGCAGGACAGCUUAGUGGAGUGGUAUAAGCUCGUGGCGGACCGCAGCCCGAUCCCGAUUCUGGUUUACAACUACCCCGGCGUGACGAACGGCGUGCAGGUGCUGCCGGAGACGUACAGGACAUUGGCGCAGCACCCGCGCAUCGUCGGGUGCAAGAUGUCCCACGGCAACGUCUCGCACCACGUGCAUGUCUCGCUCGACCCCGCGAUCGACCACAACAAGUUCCGCGUCUACAGCGGGUUCGGCAACCAGCUCGGCCCGAUCGUGCAGUUCGGCGCCGCCGGCGUCAUCGACGGCAUGGCGGCCUUCUACCCCAAGACGGUGGUGCGGCUGAUGAACCUGAUGCUCAGCAGGGAUGUGUCGCCCGAGACCCAGGAGGAGAUCCGGCGGCUGCAGUUCGCCGUCAGCCAGGGCGAGGAGUUUGUCAUGAGGUAUGGCGUCAUUGGCAUCAAGGAGGCUGUCUGCCGGGUCGCCGGCUUCGGCAAUCUCGAGGGAGGGCGGCUGCCCCUCAGGGGCAAGCUGCCCGAGGGCGCGUGGGACAAGGCGAAGGGCCUGUUCUUGGAGACCAUUGAGAAGACCGAGGCGGCGCUGUAA